UUUGAGACCUUUUUAGGUUUGGUGAUCUUUUCUCUGUUUUAUGGUUCCGAGAGGAUCCAUCUGGUUCUGGGUCCCAAUCCGAUUCCGUGACUUUUCGGCGUUUGCAGCCCCGAUUUGACCGAGAAAUUUCAACUCUGAAUCGUUUUCUGAUCCUCGCCUUAGUGUUGUAUGAUUUGUUUUCUUAGUGCGAAAUUUUUGAUAAUUUGUGAUCAAUUUCUAAGGCUGGUUCUUCGUUUUCCGAUUACAGUUGGCUAGGAUAAACAAAGCAACAAUGUCUGACCUCAAAGAGCGGUUGCUUCCUCCAAGACCUGCUUCAGCUAUAAACCUCAGAGGGGAUGGAGGGUCUCGCCCUUCUGCAUCAGGGAGACAACCUCUCCUUGGAGUUGAUGUUUUGGGUCUGAAGAAGCGUGGACAAGGGCUUAAGUCGUGGAUCCGUGUUGAUACUUUUGCCAAUACUCAGGUCAUUGAGGUCGAUAAGUUCUCAAUGAUGCGUAGAUGCGACUUACCUGCACGUGAUUUGCGCCUGCUUGAUCCUUUGUUUGUGUAUCCCUCAACUAUCCUUGGCCGAGAGAAGGCCAUUGUUGUAAACUUAGAGCAGAUCCGUUGUAUUAUUACUGCGGAUGAGGUUUUGCUCUUGAAUUCCCUUGAUAACUAUGUGCUUCGCUAUGUGGUUGAGCUGCAGCAGAGACUGAAGGCAAGUGCUGUAGGUGAGGUUUGGAAUCAGGACAGUCUCGAACUGAGCAGGAGGAGGAGUAGAAGUCUAGACAAUGUGUUUCAAAACUCAUCUCCUGAUUAUUUACCUUUCGAGUUUAGGGCUCUUGAAAUUGCCCUCGAAGCUGCUUGUACCUUCCUUGAUUCCCAGGCUUCAGAGUUAGAGAUCGAGGCAUAUCCGUUAUUGGAUGAGCUUACCUCAAAGAUCAGCACUUUAAACUUGGAGCGUGUGCGUAGACUGAAGAGCAGACUUGUAGCAUUGACGAGAAGAGUUCAGAAGGUUCGGGAUGAGAUUGAACAGUUAAUGGACGAUGAUGGGGAUAUGGCAGAAAUGUAUCUAACCGAGAAGAAGAAGAGAAUGGAAGGAUCUUUAUAUGGUGAUCAGUCCUUACUCGGCUUCCGAUCAAAUGAUGGUCUUUCUCUUUCUGCACCAGUUUCUCCUGUUUCUUCUCCUCCUGAUUCCCGGAGACUUGAGAAAAGCCUGAGCAUCGCAAGGAGCCGGCAUGACAGUGCAAGAAGCUCAGAAGACGCAACGGAGAAUAUAGAGGAGCUAGAGAUGUUGCUUGAAGCAUACUUUGUUGUUAUCGAUAGCACUCUCAACAAGCUUACCUCGUUAAAGGAGUACAUCGACGAUACUGAGGAUUUUAUCAACAUUCAAUUGGAUAACGUGCGGAAUCAGCUGAUCCAGUUUGAGCUGCUGCUAACUACUGCGACAUUUGUUGUAGCCAUCUUCGGGGUUGUAGCCGGGAUCUUUGGGAUGAAUUUCGAGAUAGAUUUUUUUGAAAAGCCAGGCGCUUUCAAAUGGGUUCUGACCAUUACUGGAGUCUGUGGUCUUCUUAUAUUCUUGGCAUUCGUCUGGUUUUACAAACGUAGAAGGCUCAUGCCCCUGUGAGGACAUAACUACCCCGUCAAGUAGACGAUUGCUAAAACUGUUUUUGUUGCUUUUUAUUAAUCAUCUGUAACCUUCACUAAUUGGAAACAGUGUUUUAGAGGAAAUAUUAUGAGAAUGAAGCUUUAACUCGCA